AUGAAUAUACUAUGGAUUGUGGCACUAGUGGUCCAGCUGAUCCAUGCCGUUCAUGCUACUGCUACCUGCGCCAUGUAUGGGAACUGUGGCAAGAAGUCAAUUUUUGGAAGCGAAUUACCUUGUCCUGUCCAACCUAGUUUUAAACCGCCUAUACUGUCAGAUGAAACCAGUAAACUUUUGGUUGAAGUUUGUGGGGAAGAGUGGAGAGAGGUUCGUCAGGUUUGCUGUUCUAAAGACCAGGUGUUGGCAUUAAGAGAUAAUUUGCAGAAAGCUCAACCUUUGAUUUCUUCAUGCCCAGCAUGCCUCAAAAACUUUAAUAAUCUAUUCUGUCAUUUUACUUGCGCCUCUAAUCAAGGAACUUUUAUUAAUAUCACCAAGGUGGAAAAGUCAAAUGAAGACAAAACUAUUGUUGCAGAAUUGGACUUUUUCAUGAAUUCGUCUUGGGCGUCUGAAUUCUAUGACUCAUGUAAGAAUAUUAAGUUUUCUGCUACCAACGGUUAUGCGAUGGACUUAAUUGGAGGUGGUGCUAAAAAUUAUAGUGAAUUUCUGAAAUUUUUGGGAGAUGCUAAGCCAAUGCUCGGCGGAUCUCCCUUCCAGAUUAAUUACAAGUAUGAAUUACCUGAAGAAGAAAAUGGAUGGCAAGAAUUUAAUGAUGAAGUUUAUUCAUGUGAUGAUGCUCACUACAAAUGUGCGUGUUCUGAUUGUCAAGAAUCUUGCCCCAGCUUAGAUCCUUUAAAAAAUGAUACAUGUAAGGUUGGUUCUAUCCCAUGUUUUUCCUUUUCUGUUGUGAUCUUUUACACAAUCUGUGCACUUUCUGCAGCUACGUGGUACUGUCUCUAUAAAAAAAAAGAAAAUGGAGCGAUGAUUGUGGAUGAUGAUAUUUUGCCGGAAUCAGGUUCCCUGGAUGAUUCAGAUACAAAUGUGUUCGAGAAUUUCAAUAACGAAAGGAAUUCAUUUAAUCAUAAACUAGCUAGUCGAUUCUCAAAAGUAGCCAAGUUCUCUGUUGAAAAUCCAUGUAAAAUAUUGACAGCCACUGCUUUUAGUAUCUUUGCUUUUGGUUUCAUCAUUUUUCGGUACGGUACUCUAGAAACAGAUCCAAUUAAUUUAUGGGUGAGUAAAAAUUCUGAAAAAUUCAAAGAAAAGGAGUAUUUUGAUAGCAAUUUUGGCCCGUUUUACGGGGUAGAACAAAUAUUUGUUGUUAAUGAAACAGGGCCUGUGUUGUCAUAUGAUACACUUGACUGGUGGUUUGACGUUGAGCAUUACAUUACAGAAGAGUUACUGUCAUCAGAGAGUAUUGGAUAUCAAGAUCUCUGCUUUAGACCUACAGAAGAUUCUACUUGUGUUAUAGAGUCUUUUACACAGUACUUCCAAGGAGUUUUGCCAAAUAAAGAUAGCUGGAAAAGGGAUCUACAGGAAUGUGGCAAAUUUCCUGUAAAUUGCUUACCUACUUUCCAGCAGCCUUUAAAAACUAAUCUUCUCUUCAGCGAUAAUGAUAUGCUUAAGGCGCAUGCCUUUGUUGUAACACUUCUUUUGAGCAACCAUACUGAAUCGGCCAAUACCUGGGAAGAAAAAUUGGAAAAGUACUUACUAGAUUUGAAGAUUCCAGAAGGCUUGAGGAUAAGCUUCAACACGGAAAUUUCCUUGGAAAAAGAGCUGAACAAUAAUAAUGAUAUUUCAACCGUUGCUGUAUCUUAUCUUAUGAUGUUUUUGUAUGCCACAUGGGCUUUGCGGAGGAAGAAUGGAGAAACCAGGUUGCUUCUUGGAGUAUCUGGUCUGCUCAUUGUUUUGGCCUCUAUUAUCAGCGCAGCUGGAUUUUUAACACUUUUUGGCCUAAAGUCGACAUUGAUUAUUGCAGAAGUAAUACCAUUCCUAAUCCUGGCAAUCGGUAUAGAUAACAUUUUUUUGAUUACGCAUGAGUAUGAUAGAAACUGUGAGCAAAAGCCAGAGUAUUCGAUUGAUGAGAGAAUAGUUAGCGCUAUUGGAAGAAUUUCUCCUUCUAUAUUUAUGUCAUUAUUAUGUCAAACCGGUUGUUUCUUAAUAGCAGCUUUUGUGACAAUGCCAGCUGUCCAUAACUUUGCUGUAUACUCCACAGUUUCUGUUAUAUUUAACGGAGUAUUACAACUGACGGCGUAUAUAUCCAUCCUGUCACUCUACGAAAAGAGAUUUAACUAUGAGAGAGUUGCGGGAAAUGAAGAUACUGCUGAAUCAUCCCUGAAGAAGUUUUAUUUUGAGAUUCUAACGCAAAAGAAAUUGAUAAUUACUGUGUUUUCAGUUUGGUUUUUCAUAUCGCUGAUAUUCUUACCAGGAAUUGAAUUCGGACUAGACCAGACAUUGGCCGUUCCACAGGACUCUUACCUGGUUGACUACUUUAAGGAUGUUUAUCGCUUCCUAAAUGAGGGACCACCUGUAUUCAUGGUAGUGAAGAAUUUGGACUUGACUAAAAGACAAAACCAACAAAAAGUUUGUGGUAAAUUUACCACUUGUGAAAGGGACUCUUUAGCUAAUGUUUUGGAACAAGAAAGACACAGGUCAACAUUAACAGAGCCGCUGGCUAAUUGGCUGGAUGAUUAUUUAAUGUUUUUGAAUCCUCAAUUAGACCAAUGCUGUAGGUUGAAGAGGGGAACGGAUGAGGUUUGCCCUCCUUCUUUUCCCAGUGGGCGCUGUGAGACUUGUUUCCCGCAAGGCACCUGGAAUUAUAAUAUGUCAGGGUUUCCUGAAGGCAAAGAUUUUAUGGAAUAUUUAAGCAUAUGGAUUAAUGCGCCAAGUGACCCUUGCCCUCUUGGCGGGCGGGCGCCAUACUCAACGUCAUUGGUAUACAAUGAAACAGGCGUUUCUGCGUCAGUCUUCAGAACAGCACAUCGUCCUCUGAGGUCACAAAGAGACUUCAUUCAGGCAUAUAAUGACGGAGUUAGGAUAUCAGCUUCUUUCCCUGAAUUAGAUAUGUUUGCAUAUUCUCCAUUUUACAUUUUUUUUGUCCAGUAUCAAACUUUGCGCUCACUGACGUUGAAGCUGAUAGGUAGUGCUAUCGUUUUGAUCUUUUCCAUUUCUUCUGUUUUUUUGCAAAAUGUACGUAGUUCAUUCUUAUUAGCUUUGGUUGUCACUAUGAUUAUUGUAGAUAUUGGUGCUUUGAUGGUGCUGCUAGGUAUUUCACUCAAUGCCGUGAGUUUGGUCAAUCUAAUUAUUUGCGUCGGUUUAGCUGUGGAGUUUUGUGUCCAUAUUGUUAGAUCAUUCACAGUGGUAACCAGUGAAACUAAACGAGAUGGAAACUCGAGAGUUCUUUAUUCGUUGAAUACUGUAGGCGAGUCCGUUAUCAAAGGUAUAACUCUAACCAAAUUCAUUGGAGUUUGCGUUCUUGCAUUCGCCCAAUCGAAAAUAUUUGACAUAUUUUACUUCAGGAUGUGGUUUACUCUAAUUAUUGUUGCCGCAUUGCAUGCUCUUCUAUUUCUACCUGCUUUACUGUCCCUGUUUGGUGGCGAAAGCAUUAGAGACGAUUCUCUCGAAGUUGAAAAUUAG